AUGCCGUCUAUUUCACCAAAUCUAUUAGCAUCAUUACAAGAUCAUACUAAAAACAUUAGAAAUAUAUGUGUGUUGGCACAUGUUGAUCAUGGUAAAACCACAUUAUCCGAUUGUUUAAUCAGUAGCAAUGGUAUCAUUUCACCAGAGAUGGCUGGUAAAUUAAGAUAUUUAGAUUUUCUAGAAGAUGAACAAGAAAGAGAAAUUACAAUGAAAGCAAGUGCAAUUUCAUUAUUAUUUCAACAACCAUCAUCAUCAUCGUCAUCAAAUGAUAAAGAAUCAUUUUUAAUUAAUUUAAUUGAUUCACCAGGACAUGUGGAUUUUUCAAGUGAAGUUUCAACAGCAGUUAGAAUUACAGAUGGUGCAUUAGUAUUGGUUGAUGCAGUCGAAGGUGUUUGUAUACAAACUCAUGCAGUAUUGAAACAAGCUUAUCAAGAAAAAGUUAAACCAUGUUUAGUAUUAAAUAAAAUUGAUCGUUUAAUACUCGAGUUACAUAUGACCCCAUUGGAAGCUUAUCAACAUCUAUCAAAAAUAAUUGAACAAGUUAAUGUAAUCACUGGUACAUUAACAUCUGAAGAGAUCAUUCUAAAAGAAUCCUCUGAGGAUUACAUUGAAUCCUCUGAUGAUUCAAAUUUAAAUUUUAAUGAAAAUAUUGGUACUGAAUAUUAUUUUUCACCUCAAAAAGGUAAUGUAGCUUUCACAACUGCUUUUGAUGGUUGGGGUUUUACAAUUAAACAAUUUAUUGAUUUAUGUUAUAAAAAAACUGGAAUUAAAAAAGAAAUUUUAGAAAAAUGUUUAUGGGGUGAGUAUUAUUAUCAUCCAAAAGAGAAAAAAAUUUAUAAAUCACCAAAAGGUAAUUUAAUGCCAAUGUUUGUAACAUUCAUUUUAAAUAGUGUUUGGGAAGUUGUAAAAACUAUUGUUGGUACACCAGAAUGGAUUGAUAGAGAUAGAUUGGAUAAAAUGAUUAGUGUUUUAAAUAUAACUGUUGGUGCAAGAGAUUUGGCAUCAAAAGAUCAAAAAAUUGUAUUGAAAUCAGUUUUACAUGCAUGGUUACCAUUAUCAGAGGCAGUUUUAUCAAUGGUUUGUGAUAAAUUACCAGAUCCAAUUGAAGGUCAAGCUAGAAGAAUGGAAAAAAUAUUUAAACCUUCAAAAUCAUUAUCAACUUCAUCAUCAUCAUCAUCAUCAUCAUCAAAUCAAUCAAAUGUUGAAUUAAUAGAAAAACAAAAACAAUUACUAUAUGAUACAAUUACAUGUAAUUCAUCAGAUGAUUGUGAAAUUGUUGCUUAUGUUGCAAAAGUUUUUGCACAUAAUAAACGUGGUGGUGUUCAAACUUCAACAAUUCAUAGACCUGUACCACCAAGAAGAGUACAACCAUCUGCUGUACCUUCACAAAAUAGACAACAACAACUUCAUCAAGAUGAAAAAGAUAUACUUAAAAUUGAUAAUAUGUUUAUUAGUUCAGCACCAUCAACUACAAAUGAUUCAACAACAACAACAAAAACAACAACUACAUCACCAUCAUCACCAAUAACAUCAACAGCAAAACCAUUAGAUUUAUCAACAAUACCAACAGGACCAAUUAAAGCUAAUAAUAAUGAUGAAGAGUUUAUUGCAGUUGUAAGAGUAUUUAGUGGUGUAUUAAAAAAAGGUAAAACUAUUUAUGUUAUGGGACCACGUUAUGAUCCGAUGAAUCCAACACAUGAUGUUUAUAAAGUGGAGAUAACUCAUCUCUACCUAUUGAUGGGUAGUAGUUUAGAACCAAUCGAUAAAGUACCAGCAGGUAAUGUUUGUGGUGUUGGUGGUGGUGUUGGUAAUUUAGUAUUAAAGAGUGCAACCAUCUCUAGUAGUUUAAUGUGUCCACCAAUUUCAAAUAUGAUGUUUGUUUCAUCACCAAUUGUAAAGGUUGCAUUGGAACCAGAGAAUAUCUCUGAUUUACCAAAACUUUUACAUGGUUUAAAACUUUUAAAUCAAGCCGAUCCAUUGGUUGAAGUUUACGUUCAAGAAACUGGUGAACAUGUUAUUGUAGCAUCUGGUGAAUUACAUUUAGAACGUUGUAUUCGUGAUCUUAAAGAAUCAUUUGCAAAAAUUAAUGUUCAUGUUUCUUCACCAAUUGUACCAUUUAGAGAAACUAUUAUAACACCAACAAUAACUACACCAACUACCUCAUCAACAAUUACAUCAUCGUCAUCUACAACAGCAGCAGCAACAGCAACAACAACAAAUAAUAGUGGUCAGCAAUCACCACCACUUAAAGAGAUUAUUACAGUUAAAACAGCAAAUAAAAAAGUAUCAGUAAAAAUACGUGCAAUUCCAUUACCAAAGAAUAUUACAAAUUUAAUUGAACAACGUUCACAACAACUUAGAGAUCUUUUCUUGGGUGGUAAGAAUACCAAUAAAGAAUUAUCAGAUAAUAAAAUUACAAAGAGAGAAGCUGAACAAGCAGAAAGAGAAGAUUUCCAAAAAGAAUUGGAAGAGGAAUUAGAAAAAUCUGGUGGUGAUUGGAAAAAUGAAAUUAAAAAUAUUUGGUCAUUUGGUCCAAGACAUAUUGGUCCAAAUUUAUUAUUAAAUCAUAUUCCUGGUUAUAAUUUAUCACCUUAUUGGAAACAUUCUUUACAAAGAGGUAUUCAAAAGAAAUUAAAAAAAUUACAAAAACAACAACAACAAGAAAAAGAAGAAAUUAAAGAAGAAGAAGAAGAAAAAGAAGAAGAAGAAAAAGAAGAUGAAGAAGAUGAAGAUGAAAAAGAAAUAGAAGAAGAAGAGAUUCAAGAGGAAGAAAAUUCAAAUUCAGAAGUUGGAUCAAUAAAAUUAUUAGAUGGUGAUGAUAAAUUUAAAAGAAUUAGUGAAUUGGAUAAUUCAAUUGUAUCAGGAUUUCAAUUGGCAACUAUUGCAGGUCCAUUAUGUGAUGAACCUAUGAUGGGAGUUUGUUUAAUCGUUGAGGAUAUAGAUAUAAUACGUGAGGAGGGUGAUCAACAAAAUUCAGAUUCUUAUGGUCCAUUAUCAGGUCAAAUGAUCUCAACAGUUAAAGAAGGUUGUAGAAUGGCAUUCCAAAUUAAACCACAACGUUUAAUGGAAGCGCUUUAUCUUUGUGAAAUUCAAGUAACUUCAACCGCUCUUGGUAAAAUGUAUUCAGUUUUAUCCUCUAGAAGAGCUCAAAUUCAAAAGGAGGGUGUUAAAGAGGGUACUCAAAUCUUUUGUAUUCAAGCACGUUUACCUGUAGUUGAAAGUUUUGGUUUCUCUCAACAAAUUAUGAUAAAAACUUCGGGUGCCGCUAGUACUCAAUUGUUCUUUGAUAAUUAUUGGGAAACUAUUGAACAAGAUCCUUACUAUGAACCAACCACUGAAGAAGAACUCGAAGAUAAUGGUGUAAAUAUCGCAAGUUUGGGUAAUAAUAUAGCUAGACAAUAUAUGAAUAUGAUACGUAAAAGAAAAGGUUUAUUUGUUGAAGAGAAAUUAGUUGAACAUGCUGAUAAACAAAGAACUUUAAAAAAGAAUAAAUAA